AAUUGCAAGUACCUCAUUAUAUAGUGAGUUUAUCUCUUUUGCUAUCUGUUCUCGUGUGCUUCAUCAACCAGCUGGGCUGAACUACGAGGAUUGAAUCAAUGGCUGACGGUAUCUUUGGGUACCCUUUCAGAAGCUUCUUCUGGGGCCAUCCUCUCAUUUCAAGAGAAUGGGAUGGAUCAACCGCCCUCAUGGAUUGGCUUGAAUCCCCUACUUCUCACAUCAUCAAAAUCAACGUUCCAGGUUUCAGCAAAGAUGACAUAAAGGUGCAGGUUGAGGAUGGGAAUAUUCUGCACAUCAAAGGGGAAGGUGCGAAAGAGGAGGCUCAAGGAAAGGACACUGUUUGGCAUGUAACUGAGAGAGGAACUAUGAAAGGGGAUUUCUCAAGGGCAAUCGAAUUGCCAGAGAAUGUGAAAGUGGACCAGAUUAAGGCACAUGUUGAAAAUGGAGUCCUCACUGUAGUUGUGCCUAAAGAUGCAUCACUCAAAUCACCUAAAGUGCGAAACAUUAACAUCACUAGCAGGCUUUGAGAUUUGGAAAUCUGUUUAUGUUGAUAUGAAUAAGAAUUGAGAAAAAAUAAAAUAAAUUUGUAUCUUAUGACGCAAACAUUGUAUGUUGUACUAAAGAAGGAAUGUAAGAUUAAACAGUCAGACAGCA